AUGGCUCCUUCGAGGUUUGAUCACGGCACAAUGAAUACAAACUAUAGCAGCAUUCAUUCUCACGAGGCUUUCAUUGGGGACUACCAGGUCAUGUACACUCCUGGUUCAACCUCUCCGCAGUUCGAUCGUGUCAAGAAGUCUACUCGCUUCAGUCGGGCCGCUUCGUCCAAAUCCCAGAACCCCAGCCAGUCCUUCAUGCUGCCCGCCAACAUACCCAACACCUCUCAGAUUAUGCCAGACCAUGGUUCUCUGCCUAAUGUCCAGAUCCACUACACCAUUCCGGCCGACGAGAAACAGAUUGUGGCGUCUUUGCGUACCCUCCAACGUGAUCUCAAUGAAGCAAUGCAAACCAUAAACUCGCUUACCCGUGAACGCGACGACGCCCUCCUUGAGCUUAGAUUGCUCCGAGCUGCCUCCAAAAAACAGAACACACCGGCAAAGAAGAGCAAGACGGCCUCACGCGUUGAGGAAGAACUGUUUGAUAUAAGCAGAUCUAUGUCGACCCCACCUAGAUCUCCUGUUCGACGGACUUCUAUGAAAGACACUGCUGCAGACUCUAAAGAUGCGCCAAAGACUACUAACUCGGAUGACGCCCGAGUGCUCUCUCCUGUUGUCAACCGAGCAAUAUCCCCAGUCUCAGAAAAGCGGCCGACGACCAAGAUAGAUGGAAUCGCUAAGAGCAAGUCACAUUCCUAUCAGCGACCCACUGUCCAUGACACAGAAAACAGCGUCAUUGAAGACCCCACCGCCGCGUCAAAUACCUCGCGCCGACGGCGUCGCCCGUCCCUCGAUGAAAACAUGACUUCGGCAUACAUCUUGCCUGACAUCACAGUGAGCCAACCCGUGAGGUCGACAAGAGUCCAAGUUUCAGAAGAGGCCCAAAACGUUCUGCAUCGUCAUGGUGACCCUGAACAUAUUGGUAAUUGUACUGUGUGUCAACGACUCACAGCAAGAAGACCAAAACAAGUUACCCACGCCACACGUUCAACCUCUGUCGCCGCCGCCGAAAAGACUGAUUUCACGGCACAAAUUACCCAGCUAAUGAAGAACGCAAUGCUAGAGGAACCAACCCUGCGUCCGAAGAUCAACCCAUGGCAUGCGCUUGCCAAUGUCAAGAAACUUCUGAUGGACCAAUUCGAAGAGGCAAAAUCCAAGCAUGCUCAGGCAUGGGAGAAGUACGAUGCCAUUGAGGCACCCUUGAACAGCAAGAAGCAUGCUGCUGCAAGCCAAGAUUUGUUCUACUGGUCCAAAAAGAUGGAAGAAUGUCGCAUCAACUUGGAUCAGCUGAGAGACGUAGAGGAGGGAAUGAAGGAGCAAGAAAGUGGGAUAUGA